AUGUCUCUGGGGCGACUCCUGCGACGUGCCUCUUCGAAAGCCUCAGACCUCCUGACCUUGACUCCCGGUAGCGGCAGUGGUUCAUCGUCCGUGCUCGAUGGCGAGAUCAUCUACUCCAAGAACAACGUCUGUGUGCACCCACCUGAGCUGCUGCAGGGCAUCGGGGAGCACCAUCCAGGCUAUUUGUGCUUGUACAUGGAGAAAGAUGAGCUCCUCGGAACCACGCUUAUCCUUGCCUGGGUGCCCAACUCCCGCAUUCAGAGGCAGGACGAGGAAGCCCUGCGCUACACCCCCCCGGAGAGCUCCCCUGUCCGUAAAGCUCCCCGCAAGCGCGGCCGCCACGCUCAGGGUUUCGGCGUCAUCUGCCAGGCGUCCCCCACCGAGCAGAGGGGAGCAGUGAUCCUGAAAGGAGAAGACACCUUGGCGGUGUCCUCGCAGGAGGAGCACAACAGGUCGGAGCUGUCGGCGGAGGAAGGCCUGGACUGCAGACCAGAGCCAGGGGAGGACGAGGGCUCCCUGGAGCUGUCUGCUGACGACGUGAGCAGGGACAGCACCUUUGACUCUGACUCCGAUGCCUUCUCUUCCCCCUUCUGCCUCUCUCCCAUUAGCGAAGCCCUCGGGAAAAGCAGUAGCUCCGUGUUUCUGGAUAAUGAGAGCAGGUGA